AGAAUUUUAUUGCUUUAGCUGAGGUGGUACAAAAUAAUUUGAGCAAUUGGAUAAUCAAUACACCAAAGCAAUAAGCCACCCAAUAGCAACUCUUCCCUGUAAUGACACCAUUAAUAGCAGCUUCAUUCAUCACUCUUCUCAUCCUCCCUCUAAUCCAAUCCCAACCCCACGCCACCAUUCAACAAUUCCCACUCCAAACCACCACCACCCUCUCCGUCACCGACUUCGGCGCCACCGGAAACGGCCAUGACUACGACACAAUACCCAUCCAGACCACAAUCAACGCCUGCCCUCCAUCAACAACCUGCCACGUCACUUUCCCGCCGGGAAAGUACCUGACAGCCACCGUCCACCUCAAGUCCAAAGUCAUUCUACACAUUCAAGAAGGAGCUACCUUACUGGGCGGCACAAAGAUCGGAGACUAUGAUCCUAGAGAGUUCAGCAGAUGGUACGUUGUGUUGGCAGAGAAUGCGAGUGAUGUUGGGAUAACUGGAGGCGGUGUAGUGGACGGUCAAGGGUUGAGGUUUGUUAGGAGAUUUGAUGAGAUUAAGAAUGUUAUGGUGAGUUGGAAUCGGACCGGAGCUUGUCUGGGUGAUGAGUGUAGACCUAGGCUUGUUGGGUUCAUUGGUUGUAAUAAUGUUCGUAUUUGGAAUGUUAGGUUUCAGCAACCUGCGUAUUGGUGCUUGCACAUAGUCAGAUGCCGUAACACAUCUAUUCAUGAUGUUUCCAUAUACGGCGACUUCAAUACGCCAAACAAUGAUGGUAUAGAUAUAGAGGAUUCAAAUAAUACAGUGAUUACAAGAUGCCACAUUGAUACUGGAGAUGAUGCCAUAUGCCCGAAGACAUAUACUGGCCCCCUAUAUAACUUGACUGCAACCAACUCUUGGAUUCGAACUAAAUCUUCUGCAAUCAAGUUUGGAAGUGCCAGUUGGUUCAAUCUUAAGAAUCUGUUGUUUGACAAUAUCACUAUAGUUGAUUCUCAUAGAGGGCUUGCACUGCAGAUGCGCGAUGGAGGAAAUGUUAGAGAUGUGACAUUCUCAAACAUAAACAUUACAACGAGAUACUAUCAUCCAUCAUGGUGGGGAAGAGCAGAGCCUAUCUACGUGACAACCUGCCCACGUGACUCGAAUGCAAAAGAGGGCUCAAUUUCGAAUAUCCUUUUCGUCAAUAUAUCAGCAACUUCAGAAAAUGGUGUUUUCUUAUCAGGUUCUAAAGGCGGUCUGUUAAGCAACUUGAGGUUCACUAAUGUCAAUCUCACAUACCGAAGAUGGACCGAAUACGAAGGUGGAUUGAUAGACUACAGACCCGGCUGCCAGGGUUUAGUGAAUCAUAGUGCAGCUGGGAUUAUCAUGGAACACAUUGAAGGGUUUGAGAUUGAGAAUGUAAAUAUGAGAUGGUCCGACACUGAGAAUCGGACUGAACAAUGGGAUAAUCCUCUUGAUUUCAGGCCUUGGACUGUUAAUAACAUUUCUUUCUCUAAUUUCCAUUCUGGUUUGUACAAACAGUGAAUCAGUCAGGACCCACUACAGGGAAAGCCUUCGCUUGGUGGUUUCGAGUUUUUCGACAAAUUAUGGGAUACAUAUUGGUGCAUGAUUAUUUGAAGAUUGGAAUAUACAUUUCUAGCAGAUUAGUUGAAAAUUUGUUGUAUGAAAACGGGAUGUGAUGUGUGCAAUAAAUAAUUUUUCUUCGUCAUAUAAA